AUGCUGCAGAUGGGAACGUUCAAGGCAGAAGCUCUGGUCCUGGCCCCCACCCCACAGGGCUCCUCGCACCUCCCCCAACAACUCAAAUUCACCACCUCCGAUUCCUGCGACCGUAUCAAAGAUGAGUUUCAGCUACUGCAGGCCCAGUACCACAGCCUGAAGCUGGAGUGUGACAAGCUGGCCAGCGAGAAGUCCGAGAUGCCUCCCCCCCUCCCACAGUACUAUGAGAUGUCCUAUGGCUUGAACAUCGAGAUGCACAAGCAGGCUGAGAUCGUGAAAAGGCUGAAUGGCAUCUGUGCCCAGGUCCUGCCCUACCUGUCCCAAGAGCACCAACAGCAAGUCUUGGGAGCCAUCGAGAGGGCUAAACAGGUCACUGCUCCCGAGCUGAACUCCAUCAUCCGGCAGCAGCUCCAAGCCCACCAGCUGUCCCAGCUGCAGGCGCUGGCCCUGCCCCUCACCCCACUGCCCGUGGGGCUGCAGCCGCCCUCACUGCCAGCGGUCAGCGCGGGCACCGGCCUCCUCUCACUGUCCGCCCUGGGCUCCCAGGCCCACCUCUCCAAGGAAGACAAGAAUGGGCACGAUGGGGACACCCACCAGGAGGAUGACGGGGAGAAGUCUGAUUAGCGGGUGGCCGGCUGGCCGGGAUGGAGGGGAGGCAGGGACAGAGAGGAGACAGAUAGGAGAGAGAGGAAGGUUCAUGCCCAAGCCACGGUAUAGCUCCAGAUUGGUUCAACUCCGGUAGUAUUUAUGGCAGCCACCUGCUGGGGCCCUAGCUCUGCUCUUGGGGCUGCCCCCUAGCUUUGCACCUCCCCCACCUGCCCCCACACACUCCACUCCCGACCUCCAACCUUCCUCCCCCCUCCUCCACCUGCUCACAUCACAGCGGAGGCCAGCCCAGAUGAAGGCCAGAGGGGGCAAAUGGGAGGCCAGGACCAAAGGGGGCAAAACCUUCAAGUUCAGCACCCCCUGCACUUCCUCGUUCUGCACAUGUAACUGACAGACCACCCUGCACUCCUGGGGGCAUGACACAGCCACCCUCCCUGGCACUGCAUGCGAUAAGAUGCUAGCUGCCCUCCUCCCCCCUUCCCGCCCCAGCACUCCUCGUCUCCCCCCACCCCGAGUUCUGCUCCCACCUUCCUCCUGCCCAUACUCCUCCUUGCUUUGGGGUGCUCCAUGCCCCACUAGGUCCUCUCUCUUCCCUCCCCAACAGAAGAGGGGGACAGAGGGGCAGCAAGCUUAGCUGGGACCAGCAGGGUGGGGGUGGGCGACCCAGGCUUCCUCUCCCCACCCCCUUCCCAAAUAAAAAUGAGGGUACUAAA